AUGAAAGAACUUAUUGACAAAGUAAACUUUCAAAAUUUGGAAGAGAAUUAUAAUGCUAAGAAAAUAUAUGUAACUAAGAAAAUACCUUUUAAUGCUAUACUGAAUAAAAAAAAACAGGAACAAGAUAAAAAAGAAGACAAUAAAUUAUUUAAAGCUGUUAAAACCUAUUAUAUUACUAAGUUAAAAAGAAAAACAUUUUUUAUAAUAUCAAAUGAAUACUAUAAAUCACAAAGUAUAUUGUAUUUUUUUAAAUUAAAAGAUAUAGAUCGAAAGAGAAAAUGGGUUUUCUAUUCGCUUUUAAAAAAUAAAUUGCAGGGCAAAAUAAAAAGAUGUGUUAUGAAUUCUUUAAAUAGUUUUACUGAUGCAACAACAAGAUUUUAUAUAAAAUUAAAAUAUUUUAAUAUUCUUAAAAAUAACUUUUUGAAUACCAAAGGGAUAUAUUUAAAAAUAAAAAAGAAGAGAAUAAACAGUGUUAUUAUUAACAUAUUUUACAAAUGGCUUGAUUUAUCUGUAAAAUGUUUACACAUGAAAUAUCAAAAGGCAAAAGGUUACUAUAUUUUAAGAAAAAAGAGAAGGAUUUUUAAUUUAUGGAAAAGAAUGAUAAAUGACAAAAAAUUUUUUAAAAAAAUUGAUAUAAUUUUUUUCAAAUUGGAAGAAAUUGCCUACUCUUGGGAACACAAAUAA